AUGGCUCAUGCUCAGGCCGACUACGUGCCUGAAAAGUACGAGGCUGGCCAGUACUCGCCCAGCCAGCAAGAAGACCUCAAGUCUGAACUUCCGCACGAAGUGGCUGCUUAUGGCCAUGCUACCACGGACGCCUAUGGAGAGCCCACAAUCACCUUUGACAAGAAGGCUGAAGCGCGGCUGAAACUCAAGAUCGAUCUGUACAUCAUUCCCACAGUCGCUCUUCUCUACCUAUUCUGCUUCAUCGACCGAGCAAAUAUUGGAAAUGCACGUCUGGCCGGUCUGGAAAAGGAUCUCCAUCUCAAGGGACACGAUUACAACUCUGUCUUGUCCGUUUUUUAUAUCAGCUACAUUAUUUUCGAAAUUCCGUCGAAUAUGGCUUGCAAAUGGAUGGGUCCCGGGUGGUUUAUUCCUAUCAUCUCGCUGUGCUUUGGCGCAGUCUCCAUAGCCACGGCUUUUGUCCAUACCCAAGCCCAAGUAUCAGGCGUCCGGUUCGUGCUGGGCAUGUUUGAAGCUGGAAUGUUGCCUGGUAUUGCAUACUAUCUAUCGCGAUGGUAUCGCCGCUCUGAACUUGCAUUCAGGCUGUCCCUUUACAUCGUCAUGGCUCCCCUUGCUGGCGCGUUUGGCGGUCUCCUCGCAUCGGCCAUUCUGACCCUGGAUAAAUUUGGAUCUCUCACACGAUGGCGAAUGAUCUUCGCCAUUGAGGGAAUCGUUACGUGUGGACUUGCAAUCAUUUCCUUUUUCACGCUUACAGACCGACCCGAAACCGCGCGCUGGUUGACACCGGAAGAGAAGGAAUUGGCAAUUGCCCGUGUCAAGUCUGAGCGUUUGGGUCAAAAAGAGGUGCUUGACAAGGUGGAUAAGAAGAAGUUUAUGCGUGGAAUCUUUAAUCCUGUGGUGUUGACCACAGCCUUCAUCUUCCUACUGGACAACAUCACUGUGCAAGGCCUGGCUUUCUUUGCGCCCACUAUUGUCCGCACAAUCUAUCCAAAGAAGACGGUUGUCUCGCAGCAGCUCCACACGGUCCCACCUUAUAUUGUGGGAGCAUUCUUCACGGUUCUCUUACCAUUCCUCAGCGGGCGAUUCGACAGGCGUAUGAUCUUCUUCAUCAUUGGAGCGCCUUUCAUGAUGGUGGGCUAUAUCAUGUUCUUGGCAAGCGAAGAUGGUCAAGUACGCUACGGAGCUACCUUCUUGAUCGCUUCAGGAGCAUUCUCUUUUGGCGCGCUGUGCAAUGCGCAAGCUUCGGCCAACGUUGUGUCUGACACGGCAAGGGCGUCUGCCAUUGGUACUGUGGUUAUGCUUGGCAAUAUCGGCGGACUGAUUUCGACAUGGAGUUUUCUGCCGACCGAUGCGCCAAAUUAUCCCAUUGGCAACGGGCUUAAUCUAGCCACCAGCAGCGUGAUUCUGAUUUCGAGUAUUGUACUUCUAUUCUGGAUGAAGCAGAGCAACAGCAAGCGGCAGAAUGUGGAUGCCGAAGUGGAAUUGGCAGGCAAAUCCCAAGAGGAAAUAGAGGACCUAGAUUGGAGACAUCCAUCUUUCCGAUGGAAGGCUUAA